AAAUGCCUCAUAUGAAACGGCUUCGUUGAAAACAGUUUUAACUUCCCCAAUCUUUUACUACUAAUAUUGUUCAUCUCUGUCUAAAAGUUACUUCUGUCAAGGUUCCGGAAGCUAGAAGAGUUAAUAAUAAAUAAAACUGAUUUUUCUGCUACAUAAAUGACCUUAAGGUGAUGGAAUAUGUCUUCUUUACAAUUUAAGACUUCUCACUCAUAAAUGUUGGGUAACUGAACACUGACCACAUUUUUCUAGGGGUCACCUAUCUUUAGAGCGCAGUUUGAAAUGGAGCAGGGUAAGACAGAACGUAACCUCCAUCUGGCUCGCCGUCAGCAAUGUGCGUGUUUAAUUCAAGAAAUUGGGUCAAGGCUGCAAACGACACAAGUGGUUAUCAACACUGGAAUAUACUACAUGCAUUACUUUUACGAGGUUUUUUCUCCGGAAACCAUCAAACCCAUCUUAGUUGCUAUAGCUGCAUUCUACUGUGCGUGUAAGACGGAAGAUUUCUCCAGAAAGUUGUCUUUUUUGAUUAAAGCUGCCUACGACAUUCUAAGGAGGCCUGCUCCUGAUGAAGCAUCAGAUUCAUUUAAACGUCUCGUACAAAAUGUCCAUGCUCUAGAGGCUACUAUUCUUAUGGUGAUCGGAUUCCAAACACUUGAGGUGAAGCAACCUCAUGUGUUGCUAGUAAAAGCCAUUCGUAUGAACAAGUUUCCGAAGGAAAUAGCCCACACCAGUUACUAUAUCUGUACAAACAUUUUACAUCUCACCACCUUGGUACUACGACAUUCUGCAGAAGCGAUUGCUGCAGCUAGCCUAUAUAUUGCAGCAAAGUGGAAUGACACAGACAUUCAGUCAUCAAAAGGGGAAUGGUUUCAUACAUUCUCACCUACCCUGACAUAUGAGGAGAUCUCCAAAAUAACAGAUGAGUUCACUCUGACUUUUCAGGAAUGCGAUUUGAAAAUUAGGGAGCAGUUGCGUAAUUCACUCCGAUCUCGGAAACUGCAAAAAGAACGAAGGGAGGAACCAAUCAACAAUCCUCCUCGAGGUCUAGAUUCUCAAAGAAGAUUCGCACCGGACUCUCAGCAGAGGAGCGAUUCUUGGAAGCCCGAAAAAAGACCUUACACCACUGCCAAUCCUAAUCCAAUUCAAAUGGCUCCUCAACACGCGACCCAUCAUAAUCGGAGUCACGCUAGUAGCUCACAAAAUAUUCAAAUGAAUCAUGCAUACCAUGGACACAAUCGUGCUCCUACUUCGCAUGCUUAUGGAAGCGAGCAUUUUAGUAGAUCUCACUCUAAUCGUGCUCCGGCUACUGGCCCUUGGUUUGGUUCCGUAUUAGUAAACUUACUGCCGGUAGUGUAAGAAAAAUUCUUACACUAUGCCGGUAACUGCUUUUAGUCUAAUCGCUAUCCUAACAACCUUCCUUGGAUGGUAGGACCUGCAGCAACAAUGGUUCCAGUCAGUUUAGCUUGUUGGGUCAUCGCGAUAUGCAAGCCCGACCACCACGUCAAGGUAGCAGCUAUCGGUCAGGUGUCUGCUGAUGUCUCUAAUUCUGUUUUGAAUUCCUUUAAGGCAUGUAAAUUCAAGUUUAAGUUCCAUAUGUUUGCGAGAUAGGGUUUUUUUUUGUUGGCUUGAAGUUGUGCUAGUCUUAAAUUUUCAGAUACUAAUGGGAUUUCUUGAUCACACAUGCAGUGAUAUGAUUUAGAAAGACUACGGAUUUAAAAAGUUAUCUUAGUCUACUCACACGAUCUGUUAACAAGCUGGAUUUUCAUAAGUAAACUUUCAAAAGUUUUGUCUCAUAAUAGCAACUUUUGGAGAAAGUAUUUAAUUUCAAGGAUAAUCUUUAUUAACCUAUCAUUAUAGAGAAAGUUGAUAUUUCUAAGAGUUGUUCAUUCUAAGCACAAAGUCUGAAAAUGUUACAAAUCUUCAUGUUAAAAGUAAAAAUAAUGUCUUCGUUGCGAUGUGUAUUCCCAAGCGUAGUUAAGACUACUAGAUAGAAUUCGUGAUCGCGCUCCUCAAAUUUCUUGU